CGAGAUAUUUCUAUUGUCUCCAAUGGGAAGGUAAAUAGCUCAUCUCAUGCAGCUAGCUAGUGUUCAAAUACAGCUGCACAUCCACCGCUGUCAACCCACCCAUUCAUUAACAGCCCUUUGAAAAUGUAACUCAUCGUUAUAUAUUUGUCUGCAAUCAUCACUGCGAUCGAAAUCUGUGAGGUUUGGACACAUUGCUUUCAUCAGAGCUGUAAAAUGAAGACAGUAGAUGGAUCUGGUCCAUCUCAAAAGGAGCACAAUGCUGCCAAAAUAAUGAACCACUCUUCAGAUGAGGGAUCCUCAUAAACUUACUUGAAUACAUCUAAUCACUUCCACUCUAUUGAUCUAGUGUCUUGCCCUCAGUCUCCCCACUGAAAGACUCAUUAAUAAUGCUGUUUUCUCUGCGAGAGCUGGUGCAAUGGCUGGGCUUCGCCACCUUCGAACUGUUCCUCCACCUGGGCGCUCUGCUGGUCUUCAGUGUGCUGGUGGCCCUGCAUAUGGAUGUGGACAAGCUUGAGAUGAGCUGGUGGCUUGUUUUCUCACCUUUAUUUGCUGCUGACGGCCUCAGCACCUACUUCACAGCCAUUGUAUCCAUCCGCCUGUACCAGGAAGGAGAGAAGCGGCUGGCAGUGCUACGUUUGCUGUGGGUGCUGACCGUGCUUAGCCUCAAGCUUGUGUGUGAGGUGCUGCUAUGCCAGAAACUGGCGGAGCAGGCACGGGACCUGUGGUUCGGUCUCAUCGUCUCCCCACUCUUCAUACUCCUGCAACUGCUCAUGAUUCGUGCUUGCCGUGUCAAUUAAAGAACAGAAGCCAAUGAACUUCUUUAAUCAAAUGGACCCUUGCUGGUGUCACUAAAUCCAGGGGGGUGAAUCAUUGCGUCUUCAGUUUUUUUAUAUAUUCGAAUGCAUUUCUGGCUCAAGCAUGUAAACAUGGCAUCAUCGCAUCUUAUACAAUGCUUCAAGUAACGUGCAAUUUUUUAUUAUUAUUCUUGUUGUCCUUAAGUGCUAUGAGGGAUUUGGUCUGGAUUUUUUCUGAAUACUGUUAAUGUUGCUUUCUGUCUUAUUGCCUUUUAUCAUUGUUUGUACAAUUGUAAAUAAACCAUAAACAUUCAAACAUUCAUUUGCUAGCUCUGUUUGCUUUGAUCCUACUGUUAAGUGACUUUAUUUUUUUUAUUUUUGCUUUCCAGGUUUGUCAUGUUUAUAGAGGGAAAAUAUCAAAAAGGUUGUUGCAUUAAAUGUAUAUGUAAGCUGUCUAAUAAUCACUAGAUGGCACUACAGCUGUAAUUAACACUUUAAUUUAAUACUUAAGCAUCUCAGCAAACAAAGAUCCACUCAAGAGAAAUCAUGCAAUUAUGUGUAUUGUCUUAUGACUAUAUGACAGAAUGCAUGACUAGAGAUAUAAGUUCCAGUAAAUAAAAUCUAAAUUACAACCCCAAUUCCGAAAAAGUUGUGAC